UGGAGCACUUGCCUAUUCACCUAGCAGAGGAGGCCAAGAUUGCUGGUCCAGUGCAAUAUCGCUGGAUGUACUUCAUAGAAAGGUGUGCAAUUCUACUCCAAUUUAAGGUUGUAGUCAUUUGUUUGUUUAUAAUUGAAAGUCAUGUGUGCAUUUGUUUGUUUAUAGGUAUCUUAUGACACUUAAGUCAUAUAUGUGUAAUCGAAGUCAUCCAGAAGGUUCAAUUGCAGAGGGAUACUUAGUUGAAGAGUGUAUGACCUUUUGCUCAAGGUACUUGGAUGAUGUCGAGUCAAAAUUGAAUCGACCAAUAAGGAAUUACGAUGUUAGCGACAAUCCUGGGAUAUUACUGGGUCAUGCUUUAGGAAAAGGAAAAGGGUUUGCGCUUGAUAACACAUCAUGGGUACAAGCUCAUCGGUAUGUGUUAUUUAACACUGCUGCGGUUGUCCCAUAUCGAGAGGAGCAUCGUGAUUUUAUUAAGCGGUCACAUCGUCGUCUUAAAGAUUUUGAUGUGGAUCGCCGUCACAAUGAUGAGUUUCCCAGAUGGUUUAAUUCUCAUGUUGAAGAGCUUCUAGCUAUUGAAAAUGCUGUGUUGUCAGAUGAGAUUAAAACUUUGGCAUUGGGACCUAGUAAAAAGGCCACGAGAUUCAAUGGGUAUAUAAUUAAUGGUACUAGGUAUCAUACGAGGAGUCGUGAGUGGAGAAGAAAAACUCAAAAUAGUGGGGUUAUGGUGAAAGCAAAGACUUGUAGCUAUGCAAGUACCAGAGACAUGAAUCCUGUGGAAGGUGAAGUAGCAUACUAUGGAUAUGUGACAGAUAUUAUUGAAUUGUAUUACUCAUACGACCGUAGAUAUGUGCUAUUCAUGUGCGACUGGAUUGACAACAACAAAGGAUUGAAGCAGGAUGGGUUUGGUUUCACACUUGUUAAUUUCAAUCAUUUGUUAUAUACAAAGAAACAAAAUAGUGAUGAGCCAUUCAUCCUAGCAUCUCAGGCACAACAAGUUUUCUAUGUUAAUGAUCCCGUUGAAGCUGAUUGGGAUGUUGUAGUCAGGAUGAAACCUAGAGACUUGUAUGAGGUGUGUGGAGAACAACCAAUUAAUGAUGGAGAACAUCACAAUGAAGUGGAAGGAUUUGGCGACCAAGAAUUAGAUGCAACUUCGUUUGCUUGUGAAGAGGACAUAAAUUGGGUUAGGCAAGGUGAAGUUGGAACAACUAUUGAUGAAACUAUUGGACCUCUUGGGAUAUCGACACAGACACAAUCUGAAGAUGAUGAAGAAAUGAUAUGAUAUUGUAAUUUUGUUUCAUAUUCAUUGUUACAUUUGUGCUUUUAGCAUGGAUAUUCAUGUUAAUGAAACCUUUGCUUUUAAAAUGCGUCAUUUGUUUGCUUUUCAACGUGAUUGUCCUUGAGACAACCUUUUAUGUCCUUGAGAAAGAUUAUAUCUGUUAUAUUAAGAUUGUGUUUAAAAUUUAAAUUUGUAGAGAAUUUUUUUAAUAUUUUGGACUUUAUAUUCAUUGUUAACCCAUAAAAUUCUACACGUAUGCUUGUGGUCUUCUGUAAACUAGCAUGACAGAUCGACGAUGCUCUAGGCAGAGGCAACAUUUAGCCUCUGCAAAUUCUGAGAGUUCUUACAGUGGGAGUGCAGAUGAGAGUUCUUAUAGUGGAAGUUCAGAUGAGAGUUCAGAGGAGAGUACACGCAUCAUACCUGAUCCACCCAUGUCAUGGUAUCCUCCAGGUAGCUUGCCUAGUAUAUCAUUGAGUACUGGUUCGACACAUGACACUACUGCUGGUAUGAAUUAUUUUAUUCAAUUGAAUUACUCCAUUAGAUUUCUCUGUU